AUAAUCGACGAGAUGGAUAGUAAAAUUACAAUUUUCUUCUGGAUAUUGAUAAGUGCUGUUUGCGGCAAGGAUGUACGAAUUAUCGGUGGUCAAGAUGCGGAGAGAUCAGAAUUUCCAUAUCUAGCGUCGUUUCGAAUUGCUGCGACGAAUCAACAUUUUUGUGCUGGAGCAAUUAUAACAACUCAGCAUAUUCUUACGGCUGCUCAUUGUUUAAUUCAUGAUUAUGUUAACAGAGUGACAGUUCACGUGGGAGCUGUAAAUGCAACUGAAAUAGGAUCGACAUAUACAAUCAAACAGUUUAUCGUGCAUCCUGAUUUCACAGGAGUGUCAGCUGGAAACAAUGGAUUACAUAAUGACAUUUCUGUUGUCAUAAUUAAUGGAAUAAUUCAAAUGAAUACACUUCAACAACUUAUAAAUCUUCCAACUAGACGUAUUACGAUAGGAGAGAAUGUUACUUUAUGUGGUUGGGGUUUAACAUCUUACCCAUCGGAAAUUUUACCUUAUAAAAUUCAACAUACCGAAGUAAAAAUAAUGGAUCGAUACGAGUGUACUCUUUACUAUGAAUUUUAUCUCGCUGCGGAUCAAAUGUGCACGUAUCGGGAAAAUGUUGGCGCAUGUAUCGGUGAUAGCGGAGGCCCAGUAGUUAGGAACAAUGAAAUUGUUGGCAUAAUUUCAUUUAGUAAACCCUGCGCAACAAUGGCACCCGAUAUACACACGGACGUUUUCAUACAUAAAUCAUUUAUUCUAGAUAUUUUUACAAGUUACAAUGAACUAUAUUCUCAUAUCAAUGCAAUGUAG